AACAAAUUGACGUUGUUGUACCCCAUUUUUCAUCCAAGGCCCAUCGUUUCAGCAACAGAUUCAUUAUUUCUAUACGGACAUGAUCAUCAUCUUCGUCAUCUUCUACAACGCCUGUAACUUCUGCUUCUGGCAGGGUCAAUCUCUGAAGCAGGUUGAAGAUGUAAGAUCCUUCGCUACCAGAUAUGAACACGAGCACUUUCCUGAAUCCAAUAGUAAGUUCUCAAAUGUUGGAAACUACCAUCAGAACCCAAAUGCCGGACAAUUUCAGCAGAACCAAAUAUCUCGACAGUAUUAGCCGAACUCAACUGAUAUUCCUAAUAGGAUGAGUGCUUCUGGUAUCAAUUAAUCCUACUUCCUUUGGGUGCCCGCGGGGGUUUCAAUGAAUGGUAGCCAAAAUUUGGGUACCCUAGAAGAACUGGAUGACUUUUGAAAGGAGAGGAAAGUCAAUGAGGCCAUGAAAGUUUCGAAGUUUUUAGAGAAGAAAAAUGUUCCUGUAAAUAUUGGGUAAUACUUACAGUUAAGUUUAGCUUGUGGGGCUAAUGUUCUGAAAGAAGCAAAAGAUGUCCACAAAGAAUAAUGGCAUCACGGCCUGCAGGUCUUCAAGGUCGGCGCCUACAACAGAAUCUUAGAGAUGUACUUAAAAUGCGAUUCAAUUUAAAAUGCUGUUGAUGUGUUCAACACCUUGCCUGACCAUAAUUUGACUUCAUGCAUCACCAUGAUAACAUGGCUUGCUAAGAAUGAUCUUGGGGAGGAAGCCCUCGACCUGUUUAGCAAGUUUAAGAAGGCAGGAUUCCGACCAGAUGGGCAAAUGUUUAUUCGGGUCUUCUCUGCCUGUGGUGCAUUAGGUGAUAUUGUCGAGGGGAUGUUGCAUUUUGAAUCAAUGAGGAAAGAUUAUGGUAUUAUUCCAUCUAUGGAGCAUUAUGUGAGCUGUGAGCAUUGUGGUUUGUGGACAUGUUGGCAAGUACAGGCUAUCUGGAAGAAGCUUUGGAGUUCAUUGAAAAGAUGCCAAUGGAGCCUAAUGCUGAUGUUUGGGUUACCCUAAUGAAUCUAUGUAGACUUCAUGGGCAUGUGGAGCCAUCAGCAUCGUACAGGAGAUACUUCUCAUCCUGAGAGAUAAUUUCAAAGCUUGUUAGCAGAGUGCUUUCUCAUACGAGAAGCUAAGAGGUUCCACCAUUUCAAAGGCGGUUUCAGCUCUUGCAAUGAUUUCUGGUGAAUGGUUCGAAACUUGAGCUUUGAAUUUGUCAUCCAUGUUAGUGUUGAAUCAAAGAUGUGUCAAAGUCAAGAAUAAGCAUAACAAUACUUUCUAAGAGCAAUGUGGGCAACGUGGAAGGGGAAGAGAGAAUAUUUUAAGCAGACUAUACAAUAUUUUAAGCAGACUAUACAUUGACCACGAAGCUACCUGCAGCCCCCCGUCCAAUUAUUUCUAUUAUAUAUUCCUCUUUCCUCCCUCUCUCUAAUUUGUUCACUUCUCUCACAUUUUCUUCUAAGCAAGAAAUUGAGAGAACCGAAGCAAGUUGUACAAUUCACUUCUAAGCAGGUGUUGAGUUUUCUCUCUACUUUUUCAAUGGCAAGCACCUCGACUGUAGAAUCAGGCACAUCUGGUGCUGAUCCUUUGUUGGAUUACAUGCUACAACAAAACUCACAGAAUGUAGGAGAAGCCUCUGCAGCAGUAUUACAGCCAAAUGAUGUACCUGGUGACCCAUCAAUGAAAUAGGACUUAAGUUAUUAGCAGCCCUUGUACCUUGCGGCGCUAAAAGGAGAUUGGGAAACUGCUAGACAAUUUUUUGAGCACGAUCCCAAUCCAUUGACAGCAAGCAUUUCUUUAUUGAAGAUGACAGCCCUGCAUAUCGCGGUAUGUCAUGAACAAACAGAGUUCACUGAGAAGCUGCUGGAACUCAUGCCUCCUGAUGCCCUGGAAAUGCAAGAUGCGGGUUUCUACACUCCCCUGCAUUAUGCUAGUAUGAGCAGAAACAUCAGGAUUGCAAGGGCGCUGGUCAGGAAAAACCCCGCAUUACCACAAAUUGCAGACGUCAAUAGCAAUACUCCUCUCUGGAGUGCAGCUGUUACUGCUACUGAACAUAAAGAGUUGGUGUGGUAUCUUACAAAUGUAACCAAAGAUGAGCCUCCUAGCUAUCCCUUCACCGGUCAAUGGGCCGGGGACCUCAUUUGCGCCUUAACUGCCGCAGGAUUUCAUGAUAUAUCACUACUAUUACUUGACAUGUACCCUACCUUGAUCACUGCCAAAGCUACAAAUGGCCAUGAUUUACUUAAAGUGUUGGCAUCGGAACCUUCAAACUUCGAAAGUGGAAGUAGGUUCAGUUUCUGGGAGAGAUUGAUCUAUCAAAUUGUCCCUGCUGAUAGAGAAGCUCCUAUACGUUAUGGGAAUUAUGCAAGACUGCGGAUUUCAAUGCGAUUAAAGAUCUAUCUAGCUCAAGAAGCGGUUCAUUGGACUGAUCAGACUUCCUAUCUUCCUUUAUGCAGUCAUCUCUUCCCUGCAUUUUCCUGUUACCAUGUCGGUCUGGGUAAAACUGACCAGUGUCCUCAGAAUUCUUCUUCCUUACCGAGGAUAUGAGGUGGUGAUAUGGGCUUCACAAUUGGCUCCAUCGAGUUAAUGUACUUCUCAACCCCGGCUAGGAGCCCACCUAUGUCUUAGGGAGACUUUUAUGAAAGUGCGUUUUGGAAGCUUUCAUGUCGUACAAUCUAGAUCAAUGGUGCUACCUCCAAUAGAACUUGGAGUUUGGGAAAACCAGGCAUUACUGGGUGAACUUUGUAAUAGAUUCAUGUAGUAUUUCAUCUCUGCCUUGUCGAAGGUUCUUCAUACUAAGGUUUUCUUACACAGCUUCCAGGCACCAGCAAAGUGGGUCACCAACUUCUUGAAUAGAUCCCCAAAGCAAGUGACACUAUGAUAAGACAAGGUUCAGAAACAAAGUCCUUGCUUCCCCCAUGAGAGAGGUCGGGAAGGCCUUUGUAGACCGCCAAAAGCCAAAACUCCAUAACAUUUUAAAACCCGUGACGUAAUUGAAGAUAUCGCUCCUCCCAUCGUACUUUUCCAAGGUUAUGACAAGAAAAUUGUGGGGCGUCUCGGUGUUAAGUAGCUAAGUCGAAAGAGCACAAGUGAGCCGUUCCAAAUAGUGCUUAUA